GAUGUGACCAAAUACUAUACCGCAUAUAGCAAUCGGAUAUUUCCGUAUUCUGUUAAUUUGAAAUCAUAACUGGGUGAUGCUGUGAUAACUUCAAUUGAAACAAUGGUGCUGAGGAAUUUAUAUCUCAAUGGAGGAUCAUCUUUCGACACCCAUUACCAUGGCCAAUGGCUCCGACAGCAUUGGUGGGUUUCAAUCUUCAUCUCCUUGGCGUACAUAUUCAUUAUUUUCGGAGGAAAGCGGUUGAUGUCCGACCGGAAACCUUUCGAUCUCCGCCGUCCCCUCGUUGCAUGGUCGGGCAGCUUUGCUCUCUUCAGUUUCGCUGGUGCGGUGGUGCUGGUCAGAGACUUUGCGCGCUGCGUCGUCGAAGACGGGUGGCGCGCAACCAUCUGCGACGCCAAUUUCUUCAACGGGAACGUGGGCCUGUGGUUUUGGCUGUUCGCACUCAGCAAGGUCCUCGAGCUCGGUGACACGAUCUUUAUCGUCCUCCGCAAGCAGAAACUAAUAUUUAUCCAUUGGUAUCACCACGUUACAACUCUCGUCUACACGUGCUAUUUACACGCCGACUUUAUGUCUGUUGGACGCUAUUUUGCCACUUUAAAUUUCGUUGUCCAUUUUGUGAUGUACUCCUACUACGCCCUGAGUGCUGCCAAAAUCAUCAACAAGCCUCGUCAAAUCAAGAUCUCGAUUACAGUCAUCCAGCUCGUCCAGUUUGUCAUCUCAAUCGGCGUGUCUCUCUACGCGGCAUUUGAACUUUCGGCGGGAAGGCAGUGCGACAUAAACUGGCUAAAUAUUUUCUGGACUAUGGUCCUGUAUGUAAGCUUUUUGUAUUACUUCCUUAAAUUCUUUCACGAUGCGUAUGUCAAACGGCCUGAGAAGCAAAAGAUAUAGCGAAAAUAUAUACCCCUAUUGUACCAGUUUACCCGAAAGUUUUCUUUUUUAUGUAAAUAGGCACUGAAAUCAUUUGAAAUGUAUU